GAUUUUUCCAAGAUUUAUAUUCUAGAUACGUAUAUUUCCUUAUAUAUUAAGCAGAAGAUAUAGGAAGGUAUAUGGGUCUUCUUUUGCUAGAUCAUACUAAAAAGCGAGGGAGGCAUUAUCUCGAGCGGGAAUGCUAAUGGGUGGGGUGUGGAUAAGAAGUCAUUUAUUGGGGUAUUUAGAUUUAUGAAUUUGGAGACGGUACAGAAAUUCUUUGCUAAGGCGCAAGAUAAUAAUCCGGGACAGAUGCCGGGCUUGGGUGGAUUACAGAGGCUGCAGAAACUCGCAGAUGGGGAGGUUUCGUGGGAUAUUGAGUUUGUGAGCAUGGCGUGUAAGAUUCCUGCGGAUCCAGUUAUUAAAGAUGAUGGGCCUUUGUUUCCCGGGCUUUUUAGUAAGUAGAUAUGGCGAGAACUCUUCCCUGAGAAGGGGAUAUGGAGGGGUAACGUCGGGAAAUACCGUUGUAAGCUUCAAUAAUGGGGCCUCAACAUCUCAAUAGAAUACUUAAG